AUAUGAUACAUUAUGGAAUACUUUUACAGAGGAUGCUUUAGUUUGUUUCAAAACGAACACUUCUGGUUCAUUGUACUAUUGAUGCCCGUUGCAUACCGGGAGUAAAUAUUGUGGGCUAACUAACCCAUCCUUUCCGAAAACGUUUCGGAAAACAUGUUGAGGAAAAGCGUCUCGGACCGGAGCGGUCUGCACCGGACUGAGCAACUGAACAGUGCUGCGAACCAAAAUGACUCGUUGGGACCUCUUCUGAAAAAUUCAGAGGAGCUGAAAACUGACCAGGCAUCUAGCUUCAAUGGACACCCAACCGGUUCCUGCGGAAAAGGGGUGAAGCAGGCCUUAGAGCAGAGGGAUGUCCUCCAGGCUGCAGAGGAGGAGGAAAUAUGGAACUCCUUAGACAUAAACCCUGAGCAGAAAAGCGACAUUGUGCAGCUGCUGCAAGGCAAGAGCCGUCUGAUGGGGAUGAAUGCAAACUUGCAAAAGGCACUCAAUGCUUGCGAGGAUUCAAAUGCCGAACUGGAAGUUCAGAACACUGAUCUGAAGAACCAGAUGAUAAGCAUGAACAAGGCCAUCAAGGCCAUGGAGCAGUACAGGAUAGAGAUGGAUGAAAUGCGGGCAGCACUAGCUGAGAGCCAGAUGGCCAACAGCAGCCUCAAAACCCAAAAUAACAAGCUGGAAAAAGAAAAUAAAGGUCUGAGCAACGUCAUUGAAGCCAACAACAAUGAGAUGUCUGAUGUUUUGUUUGCGUGCGAUGCAAACAAGAAGAAGACGGUAGAUCUUACCCAACACAUCAAGACUUUGGAGAAACAACUGGAGCAAACAAGGGUGGAGCUUGAGGAACAAGGCCAAAUCAUUAUCAAUAAAGAUUUUAUGAUCGACCAGCAAAAAGCCUCUCUGGAAGAGAUGAAUUCCAUUGGACUGAACCUGAAAGCAAAGAUCAAGGACCUGGAGAACCAGUUGGAAAUGGCCCUGGUAACUGGACGUGGAAGUUUCCUGAAGCAGGAUGGUACUUUUGAUGUUGGCACUGAGAAUCACCUUUCUUUGGCUGAUGAGCUGGGACAACUAUCCGGUUUUCAGAAUUCUGCCAGUCUUCCUUUGUACCAGGUGGAAUUUGAUGAUGAUGAUGUGGAAGAAGACGAAAGUGUGGAGUUUGAGUUAGAUGUCAUGGAGGGAUCACAUGUCCAGGCCUGGGCAGAUGAGCUGAAAGAGGCAUUGGAGGAGGACGCAUGCAAGGAGAAAGAAGAAGCAGUCACCUGCAAGAGCAUGGAGAUGACCCUCGGUCAAGAGAUGGAAGAAGCUGCAAGCCAUGAGGAGGUCAAUGAGGUCAUCAAUCAUGUUGAGGUGGUGAAAGAGGAGGUUGCAGAUGAGACAGUGGAGGUGGACAUCAGCUGUGAGGAGAUGGUCCAGCAGGAGAUGAGACAGGCACAGGAGCCUGAGGUGAUGGAGCAACUCAUCAGGCAAGGGGACAUUCACAAGUCCAUCAAACUUGAGAUGGCGAAGGCAGCGGCUGCUGACUCUGUGGAUGCAGGUGCUGAGAGGCCUGUCCAGGCACAGAUCAGUCUCCUGGAGGAAGAAAACAAAACAGACGAUAACAGCGGUGUUUGUUUGGAGCAGACCCGUUGGAACCUCCAGAGGGCCGCGCUGGUCACUGGUGCUGUUGGACUCGGCUUGCUUAUUUUCCUAAAAAUAAAGGCUUGA